AUGCUCACGGACUGUGUAGUAAAGAAAGAUCCAAACACCAAGCACUCCAGGAGCUUUGGGUUUGUCACAUAUGCCGCUAUGGAAAAGGUGGAUGCAGCCAUGAAUGCAAGGCCACACAAGGUGGAUGGAAGAUUUGUGGAACCAAAGAGAGCUGUUUCAAGAGAAGAUUCUCAAAGACCAGGUGCCCACUUAACUAAAUACCAUACUGUGAAUGGCCACAACUGUGACUUUAGGAAAGCCCUGUCAAAGCAAAAGAUGAUUAGUGCUUCAUCCAGCCAAAGAGGUCGAAGUGGUUCUGGAAACUUUGGUGGUGGCGUUGGAGGUGGUUUUGGUGAGAAUGACAACUUCGGUCGUGGAGGAAACUUCAGUGGUUGUGCUGGCUUUGGUGGCAGACAUGGUGGUGGUAGAUAUGGUGGCAGUGGGAAUGGCUAUAACGGAUUUGAUAAUGAUGGAAGCAAUUUUGGAAGUGGUGGAAGCUACAAUGAUUUUGGCAAUUACAACGAUCGGUCUUCAAAUUUUGGACCCAUAAAUGGAGGAAACUUUGGAGGCAGAAGCUCUGGUCCGUAUGGUGGUGGAAGCCAAUACUUUGCCAAAUCAUGA